AAAAAAUAACUGAUGGAUUGGAGAAACAAAUUAGAGUUAAUUUAGAAUAAGAUUAGAGGAUAAUUGCACGCUCGUAAAAUAGAUGACUUAGAAGGAGUGUACUAAUUAAUGGCAGAAUUUGAUAAAGAUAACUCUGGUAUUUUUAAUAGUUAAUUUAGGAUAUUUGGAUAAAGAUGAAUUUUAGAAAUUCUUAUCAAAGAUAGGUGUAUUUUUAACAACUUAAGAAUUACGAGCAGUAUAUGACAAAUAUGACUAAAAUAAAGAUAGUAAUAUAGCAUAUGCAGAAUUUGUUAAUUUGAUAAGGGAAAACAUGAGUGAUAAGAGAAUAAAUGUAGUGAGAAGCACAUUUUAAUUUUUGGAUUAAUAACGAUAAGGGAGAUUAUAAUUGGAAAGUCUUUAUAGAUUGUAUCAAGCUAGAAACCAUCCAAGAGUAAGAACAAGGUAAAAGACAGCUGAUUAAGUAACUAAAGAGUUUGUUAAUGCAAUAUCUAAACGUAGUAAGGAUGGAUAAAGUAUAAAUGAAGAAGAAUUCUUAAAUUAUUAUGCUGAUUGUAAUGCUACACUUCCAAGUGAAAAAGAAGAGUAUUUCACAGAUGUAAAUAUAUAAUAAUAAUUUUGCAUAGUUAUUAACAUCUACUUGGGGUGUGACAUCAGGUGCUGAUUAUGUCUCUCCAGAAAGAUUAGCCUAAUUAGAAAUUAUUUUAUUUGAAAAAAUCAGAUAAAAGACAGUAACUAAAGAUGAUGAAGGUAAGACAGCAAAAAAGGCAUUUAUGUAUUUUGAUUUAGAAAACAAAGGAACUAUAGAUAUUUAUUAAUUUGCAUAAGCAUUACAAAAGUUUGGUUGUGUAUUCAGUGAAAAAGAAAUUCAAGCUUUAUUUAAUAAAUAUGACUCAGAUAAAAGUGGAAGAUUAUGUUAUGAUGAAAUUUGUGGAUUGAUAGCAUUGAUAGGAUCAGGAAAUAAUGCAAAUGUAAAUCCAGUAUUUUAAAUUGCCAGAGCACCUCCCCAAGAAACUUUAAAUAGAAUUAGAAAUGAUUUAAUCAAAAAAGGAUAGCAUUCUGUUAUCAGAAUGGCUACUAUUUUUACAAACUCUGAUAAAAAUAAAAAUGGAACUUUGAAUCGAUAAGAAUUUCAAUGGGCCAUGAAAGAAUCUGGAUUUUUAUUAACUAAAACAGAAUAUGAUAAUUUAUUUAGAUAUUUUGAUAAAAAUUGCGAUGAUGAGGUUUCCUUUGUUGAAUUUAUUGCUUUCUUAAGAAGUAUAUUUAUUUUAAUAUAGAAGAACCACUUUCUUAAUUUAGAUCAGAUUUAGUAAAUUAACUUUGGAAUAGAUUGUCAAAUGGGGAAUCAUAAAUCAGUUUCUAACAAAUUAAAUGUAAUAUUUAAUUUAAUUAAAGAAUUUUAUGAUGCCUCAAAGAGUCAUGAUGUAAAUACAAAUAUUAAAACUGUUGUUGAUGCCAAUAAAGAUUUUCAAGAUCUAUGGAAAGAUGUUAAAUUUGUUACACAUUAGAAUUUUAUUGAAUAUAUGACAGAUAUUAGUGCACUCAUUGAAAACGAUUAAGCUUUCGAGAAGUUUGUCAAAUAAGCAUGGAAAUGAAGAAAAAAAAAAUAUAAUCAAAAAUAUUUAAUAUUUAUAUUUUGCC